AUCAGGCUUAUAUAUAGCAUCGUCGUCGAACAAGUACAGCCGAGCUAGCUCUCAAUUAUCUUAAAGCCUGUCGUUUCUAGCUAGGCUCAGUCCUUUGAUACUCUCCGGUGACCAUGCCGAAAAUCGCUUUAGGAACAAGCCGGGAGGCUGCUCAGACUGACUGCAUCAAGGCCCUUGUAGUCGAGUUUGUCACCACUUUCCUGUUCGUUUUUGUAGGAGUUGGAACUUCCAUGGCUGCUGGUGAGCUGGAGGCAAAUACACUGGUGAGCUUGUUUGCGGUGGCGGUGGCUCAUGCCCUUGUGGUAGGCGUUAUGAUCUCUGCUGGACACAUAUCCGGUGGCCAUCUUAACCCAGCAGUCACGCUUGGCUUGCUUUUCGGAGGUCACAUCACCGUGGUCCGAUCCAUCCUCUACUGGAUCGAUCAAUUGUUAGCCUCUUCGGCUGCUUGUAUUCUUCUCAAGUAUCUCACUGGAGGAUUAAAUACUCCAAUUCAUUCACUGGCAAGUGGAGUGGGCUUCCUCCAGGGUGUUAUAUGGGAGGUUGUUCUGACAUUCUCCUUGUUAUUCACAGUCUAUGCCACUAUUGUCGACCCCAAGAAAGGUUCCAUCGAUGGGCUAGGCCCAAUGCUUACUGGGUUUGUUGUUGGUGCCAACAUCUUAGCUGGUGGAGCUUUCUCCGGGGCUUCAAUGAACCCAGCUCGGUCAUUCGGACCUGCCUUGGUGAGCUGGGACUGGACAGAUCACUGGGUUUACUGGGUUGGACCCCUGAUCGGCGGUGGCCUUGCUGGUUUCAUCUACGAGUACUUCUUCAUCGUUAGAACUCAUGCUCCCCUUCCACACGAGGAAGAAGCUUUUUAAUCCCCUACAUUAAAGUUUCUUUUCUGUCUCAAUGUAUCAAAUUCCCUGCAUGUUUCCUUUCUCUCAUGAUAGCUCUAUGUACUUUGGGUCUUUGUUUAGUUUACCUUUUUGUGAAUUAAUCUAUAACUAAUCAAGAAUUUUAAUUUGUUCUA